CUAGAGGUGACAAUACUACAUUAUUUUAUGAAAUGACUAGUAAAAUUGAGUAAACAAAGUGAAUAGUGUCUGGGGAGAUCUAUGUGUACAGGUAAUGGGAGUACUUAUAUAAACCUCCCCGAACAGGGCAGACCUACAAAAAGAGAACAAUGGCUUCCACGGGAGCGAGCGAGGGCGGCCUCCGGGCACCGCUCCUCCGCGAAGAGAAAAGAGCCGAGAAGAUGACGGUGGACGGCGCGCUGCAGAAGUACUGCGGCGAGUUCGGGUGGUGGCAGCUGAGACACUUCGUGCUGGCCAGCUUGCCGUGGGCUCUCGAGGGAAUCCACACCAUGGUCAUGAUCUUCGCCGACCGCGACCCCGGCCGCCGGAGCUCGUCUCCCGCCGCCUGCGGACUGGGUCCGCGGCCGUGGGAAUGGGAUGGUGGGCCGGGGAGCUCGACGGUGGCGGAGUUUGGGCUCGUUUGUGGGCUGAAAUAUCGGGUCGGGCUCGUCCAGUCGCUGUUUUUCGCUGGCUGUAUGAUUGGAGCUGGAGUGUUUGGCCAUCUUUCAGACUCAAGAAUGGGAAGGAAAGGAUCCCUAACCAUAGUAUGCAUAAUGAACGCCAUCUUCGGAGUAGCCACCGCCUUCUCUCCCAACUAUUGGGUCUACGCCGUCCUCCGCCUCCUCUCCGGCUUCAGCACCGGCGGCACGGGCCUUUGCGCCUUCGUGCUAUCCACCGAGCCCAUCGGUCCGACCAAACGCGGCCUUGUCGGCAUGUCCACCUUCUACUUCUUCUCCACUGGCAUCGCUCUCCUCUCUGCCAUCGCUUACCACUUCCAAACGUGGCGCGCUCUCUACAUCGCCUCAUCCAUCCCCUCUGUUCUCUAUGCCCUCCUCGUCCUCCCGUUCCUCGACGAGUCCCCUCGCUGGUGCCUCGUCCGAGGGCGGGCCGAGGAGGCCAUGAGAAUCAUGCAAAGAAUUGCAAAGUCCAACGGGAGACGACGUCUUCCUGAGGAAGAUGUCGUCCUUGCCCUCGACACCGAAGCGAAAGAUGAAUGUCCUGAGACUGUUAAAGUAUCUCACAUCGAAAAUUUACCCCCCACGUCGGGUUCCCUCGUCGACGUCCUAUGGUGUCCUCUCACCCGCGUCCGGUUGCUCCUAGCCGUGACGAUCAACUUCAUGUGUGCCACUGUGUACUACGGGCUGAGCUUGAACGCUGUUAACCUCGGGACGAACCUCUACGUGAGUGUCGCCCUUAACGCCGUGGCGGAAAUGCCGGCGUACUUCUUGACAGCGAUGUUGCUCGACAAGCUCGGGAGAAAGCCGUUGGCGAUCGGGACGCAAUUGUUCAGCGGGGCUUUCUGUGUGGCCGGGAGUUUGUUGAAGGGGUACGGGAAAUGGAAGAUCACGCGGAUGAUGUGCGGAGUGUUUGGGAUUUUUGGCAUGGCCGGGACGUACAACCUGUUGUUCAUAUACACAGUGGAGCUUUUCCCGACCACCGUGAGGAACGCCGCGCUCGGAUCGGCCACACAGGCGGCACAGCUGGGGGCGAUUUUGGUACCGUUCAUCGUGGUUCUUGGCGGCGGGAUACCUUUCUUGGUGUUCGGAAUCUGCGGGGUCGUUGGAGGGCUGAUGUCAUACUUCUUGCCGGAGACGUUGAACAAGCCGUUGUACGAUACGAUGGGCGGGCUGGAAGACGGAGAAGGCGGCGGUGCAUGAAGGAAGAAGGCAUACAUAGAUGGGAGUAUUUUGUUAUGAGAACAAAGAUGAUAUGGAUUCAUCAUGGGAUCACAAUUGUUUCUUGUAGUGUAGAGUGUAGUACAAUGGUUGCUUAUUAAGGUUUUACUGCGUUAAAAUACAGUUUUGCCUAUUUG